AUGGCUACAGCUACCGUCCGGGUGGUUCCAGUCGAAUGGAACACGCAAGCAUGCAAGAGCACGUGUGAACGUCUGAGACAAGACCAAUCACUUCACGUGGAGAUCGGCAAGAUCCAGCAAAGUGGUCUCGUCAAGAGUUUACACUUGGCUGGACAAAGGGCAGAGUCCGGCACAAGCGAUGAGAAAGUCGACAGCUGGAUGCGACAAGUUACCAGGAACGGCAGGUCAAAAUGUUGCAGGAUUGCUGAAGCGCUGCAUCGGGCAUACCGUGUCUCGAGGUAUCGACCGUUUCGGACGAGGGAAAGGAACUCGCCUUCGACUCGUGAGAGAGGGAUGCAGCUGCACCUCCGCGACUCUGCGUCUCAGGAAGCCCAGCCGCGGUGGCUCACUGAGUUUGAUGUUGAGGCCGGGGCCCUUCGAGCUGCCCUCGUCGAGACAGCAGGUUUUCCUGUAGGCUUCCAAGAAGAAAGCCACACGAAGGCGCCAAAGCCCUUUGCGGCUCCGCGGCUUGUGCCAAUUGGCGGCGGCGCAGGAUUAUGGGCUUGCGGUGCAUCGACCUUUCUAGCGCCAUCAUGGAAUUCGGUAGCUCGCCCGCCUGGCGAAUGUGCUACGGAAGUCGUCUCACGCUCCGAAAAGGGAAGAUCAAUUGAUGUCACAGUAAUAGUCGCAUCAGCUCUAUUGCCUGGCAGGUCAGAGGCUUACGGGAAACAUGUACACAAAUCUGUCGUCAUGCAGGAGAUCAGCACAGAUGGAUCACCAGGGCGAGAUUUGCUUUCCUGUCAAAUCGUCGGUGAUGGCGCAUGA